AUGCUCCCCCCCACGGCCCCCCUCCCGCUCCUCGCCCUCGCCCUCACCCUCGCGGCCCGCGCAGCAGCCCAGUCCCCGACGGUCUACACCCCCGACAAGGGCAGCAGCCCCUACGCCUACGCGGGCUGCUACAACGAGACGACGACGCUCGCCUCGAGCAACACGCGCGCCCUCUCCGGCGGCGUCUCCCAGCUCGGCUUCGGCAACAUGACGGUGCCGCUGUGCCUCGACUACUGCCGCCGCGGCACCGCCGCCGCCUACAAGUACGCCGGCCUGCAGUACGCGCGCGAGUGCUGGUGCGCCCAGCGCCUGUCGGGGCUCAGCGAGGCCAUGCCCGAGGCCGACUGCGACCUGCCGUGCGACGGCGACGCCGGCAUGGUCUGCGGCGGGGACAUGCGGUUGAGCUUGUACGUGGUCGAGAGCAGCGGUGCUGCGUCGAGGCGGGCGGCGGGGUGGGGGGGCAUGGCGUGUGGGCUUGUUGCUGUUUCGGCCUUGCUGUAG